CCUGUCCUGAAUCGUCUCCAGCCUCUUCAGCCAUGGCCCUCUUCCACCGCUGGGCCGCUCACCUGCAGGACCCGGAGAAAGUGGCCCGUUUCCAAAGGCUGUGCGGUGUGGAGCCUGUUUUGGAUUGGGGGUCUGGCACCUCGGAGGAGAAAAGGACGUCUGAGGUCGUCUUGGUCAAUGGGAGCUGCCUGGCUCCCCAGGCGAGUGGCGAAGGCGAUGGGAGACACCGGCUGCGAAGUGCCGGGGAUGCUGGGGAGAAAGGUGAGGGGUGGCACUCUAAUGGCAUGAAGAACGGGGUAGUUUCUGGGGAAGCCUGUGGGACAGAGUCCCAGCAGCAGCCUCCGGAGGAGGGGAAGCCGCAUGACUGGGGUGUGAAAAAGCAGCCCCGGCGCAACUCUCUGACAGGGGAAUCCGUGUGCCAAGCGUUCAGAAUCCGCAGCCGCUUCCUCUACUAUCUGUUCACCCUGGGCACAGAGCUGGGCAACGAGCUCUUCUAUAUACUCUUUUUCCCCUUCUGCAUCUGGAAUGUGGAUGCUUGGAUGGGCAGGAGGCUCAUUAUCGUGUGGGUCUUGGUCAUGUAUCUGGGGCAGUGUACCAAGGACGUUAUCCGCUGGCCCCGGCCUGCCUCCCCACCAGUGGUGAAGCUGGAGAUCUUCUACAACUCGGAAUACAGCAUGCCCUCCACUCAUGCCAUGUCGGGCACUGCCAUCCCUUUGACGCUGGUUCUGCUCAGCUAUGGACGGUGGCAGUAUCCAGUGUUAUAUGGGCUGGUUCUUGCUGUCUGCUGGUGUUUACUGGUUUGCUUUAGUCGGAUAUAUAUGGGAAUGCAUUCAGUUCUGGAUGUUAUUGCCGGAUUCUUUUAUGCGAUCCUCAUCUUGGCUGUCUUCCUUCCAGUUGUGGACUUAGUCGAUAACUUCAACUUAACCCACAAGUAUGCUCCACUAAUCAUCAUCAGCCUCCAUCUUGCCUUGGGGGUUUUCUCCUUCACCCUUGACACCUGGAGUACAUCGCGAGGGGACACCGCGCAGAUCCUGGGCUGUGGAGCGGGAGUUGCUUGUGGCUCCCACGUGAACUACAUGUUGAGUCUGAUGCCGGAUCCUUCCCCUGAGGCACUUCCCCUGCCAGUCCCCUCCCUCACUGUGACUGUCCUGGGAAAAGCCAUGUUGCGCCUGUUGAUCGGAGUGGUGAUUCUGUUGCUAACAAAAACGGCCAUGAAGAAAGUCACCAUCCCGCUAGCGUGUAAAAUCUUCCGCAUACCUUGCGAUGAUAUCCGAGUAGCCCGGCAGCGUAUGGAAGUAGAACUGCCCUAUCGCUAUAUUACCUAUGGAAUGGUGGGAUUCUCACUCAUGUUCUUGAUCCCUUCCCUAUUCAGCAUAAUGGGACUCUCUUGACGCUGGCAUUGGCUUGACGUGAGAAGGGAGGUGGAGCAUUAACACUUUUCCAGGAAGGGUGCACUGUUUGGGAGACGCAGAGAGGAAAUUGCUGCUGAAAUGAUAGGUGGGAAGCAAAGAACUCAGAUCCUGGCUCUUAAGACCUGGGAACUUCAGGUCUCUAAAAAUGCUGUGUGUAGUCUUACAAAAAAGGGUAACCAACGGUGAACACUCUGUGUGUAUGUUUGUGUGCAUAUAUGGUGUUGAUGCCUCAGGCUAUAGACGCGUACCUCUCUCUCUUUCUUUCUUUGGAUACAUUAAAGCAGGUAUGUUUAUAGCUGACCCAAAAGUUCCAGCUGUGGUCAAUUUAAGCCAUUUCAUAUUAAGUUAUUUGUGUCUUUGGACGACUCCCAAAAUGUUUUAUGUAGGAAACUGUUCCUUCCCCUGGACCAACAUUUUGAUGAGAUCUGGCUUAGAGAAGUUAAUAUUCUCUGUCUGCUUCCAUCUUCUAAAAUGACUUUUAAUAUGUCAGUACAAAACCAUUAGAUUCAGGUACUGUUAUGUUUUGCUUGAUCAUUGUGCCUUCGUGUUGCUGACCUGAAAAAAAAGCACCAUAUACUGUGAUGUAUAUACAAGAAAGCCCGUAACUUUAUUUUAAAUUUUUACUGGAUUAGGCAGAUACUUUAAAAUCUAGCUAGCCACAUCACUAAUAAGGGUAAAGAUUUCAUCUUGCAUUUUAAGAGUAUGAAAAUGCAGCAAGCUGAAAAGCAUAUUGGGGUUCACUCGCUGUGGACAGAUGCUUAAUUCCUUUUUUAAUAGAUAUUUUUAAGCACACUGUAUGUUAUUGGAAGAGCAUAUAUUUUUCUGCUGAUUGUCUUAAUGUGUAAUGUUUUGUCCAAACUUGAGAGCAAAAAAUUACCAAUUGAAGCCAUGUGCGUGUUCACAUGCAAAUUGACCUCCCCCCAUAACAUGCAGUUCCUUCAGGCGCAUUUCUGAUUAAGCAGUUUUAACCAUAGUGGAUUUCAGUAGAAACGUGCACAAAACAAACUGUUGCUUUGAGACCGCAGGAAAUGGGUGUGCUUCUGUUAAGUUUUGCGAAAUCCCUCAAAAUGGCCAAAGAAUAUGCCUUGGUGAAGAUGGUACACUGGAUCCAAGUGAGGCAGCCCUGCCUAUCUUGCAGAUGGCAAAGGCUGCCUAGAAAGAGAGCGGGGGAAACAAGUUUCCUGGGACAGUGGGGCCUCCUUGUGUGGCCUACCGUCCCUGGGACCCCCAGAGAUCAGCCUGAUACUUUGAACUGCAGGGAAGCAGCCAAGGAACAAGAGCCUCAUUAGCUCACCUCGAUCUCUGCUUUCCAUAGAAACCGGAGAGCAAAGUCUGACUUGCUCAAAUCUGUGCAAAGGCUGGCCGAGAGUGAGUUGAGCCUUUAGCAAACAAGCAGAUUUGGCCACAGCUUAAAGAGUUUGUGCAUCUUUGCGGGGACUUUAGGCUUUCACAGCAGCCUGCUUUUCUUAAUUGUCCUUUGCCAUUUGUAAAACAUGACAAGAACGAUCAGAGCCCGUGUUUCCCUGUGGCUUUUGUUUUACUUAGGCGACAUGACUCCCCCCCCCCUUUAAGUUGGCCAAUACAUGGUUGAUCCUAAAUGAAAUUCAGUCGGUCGUUUUGCCUUGAAGUACAGUCGGUUGUGGCUUGCAGCACAUACUUCAUACCAUUUCAGGAGCUGCUGCUGAAUGCCAAGAUAAGGCACGGGUAAACCUUAUGGAGUGGUUGGUACAGAGUUUUGAAACCUGGGACAGGGUGGAAGCAUACUGUAUUUUAUUUUUAGGGUUUUUAAAAAUAGAUGUGAACUUGGAGUUGGAUUCUUUAUGUUAUUAUGAACUCAGCCUCGUUCUACAAGAAGCAGCUUAGUAAUAAAGGCGCUGCCUUUCUGUACACUGCUUGCUAUGGCAAGUAGUGGACCAUCUUUCGCGACAUACGUUCAGAAAGUUUCUUGAAAUGUACAUUGCGGUGAUAAUGCUGUUACAGAUGUGUUCUGAAAGUACUCUGGCCUUGAUCCAACUAGUGGAAACGGGGGUGGGGGUGGUGACUCAGUUUCCCUUUGGAACUGCAGUUCUGCAUGCCUCGUGGCAGGCUGCUGUUGAAACUGAGGGACAAUCCAAAAGGCACUUCUGAUAGGGCCUGCCAGUUGAAGGUAAAGAAGCCCGCCCCAUUCCAUGGGACUUGUGCGAACCCCUCUUGCCUGUGCCAAAGGCACCUUUGUUGAAUCUUGGCUGUUCAUCACUUCGUAAACUGUUGACUUCAUUUUUAAUAGCUGCUAAAGGGGAUCUUGUUUAGAAACAAGUCUUGGUAAGUAUCGGUGCACUUUUCCUUUCAGUUCCUUAGGCUGCGAUCCUAUGCCUACGUUCUACUGAGUAAAUCCCAUUGUACUCUGUGGAGCUUACUUUUAAGCAAGGAUAUGUAACAUUGCUCCACUAGUAUAGGUAUUUACUAAAUGUGCAUUAAAAGAAAAAACAACUUUGGAGGGAACUCAAGUAAUUAGCAUAUCAUUCUCUAAGAUGAGAAAACUUCUCAACAAGCAGCUGGGAAACAAGAGUCUGUCCCUUUCAGAGUUAACUACAAGUUAAAGCACAGACUAUUCAAAGUUACGUGCCUCCCAUCACAAUUUCAUUUAAUGCACUUGGCUUUUCUAAUAAAGAAUGUUAACAUGAAUGGUAGAAAGGGCUAUACAGGGAAUGGCUGUCCUAAGUGAAUAACUUGCAGUUGUGCGUGGGAUUUCUUUUUCAAGUUGUAACCACAAAUGCAGAAAGAAGCAUUUUUGCUGAAAGAGCUAAUUUCCAUUAUGCGGAUGCCAAUGUGCUGUCUCCAGUGUUUUGUUUUUUUUUAAAUUGCACUGUAGCAUAUUCUACUGUUACUCUGAAAGUUCUUGUUAAUACUGCCUCCAGUCUCUCUUGAAAUGUGAUAUUCCACUUAUGUUUUUAAUUUAGUCUGUAUUAUAAGAAUUUUGUUUAAAUUGGACUUGAAUGCCCUAACUGUAGACCACAAAUAUAUCUAUAUGAUUUGAAAAUAAAAUGAAAUGCUACAA